AUGCCUCGAGAACUGCGACAGCGCACGUCGCGCCUCAACUAUGCGGCCCUCUUUCAGUACGACGACGACGGUGCCGGACCCUCAGGCUCGAAUAUGCAAGCUCACUUUGAAGACAAUGCGGAAAGUGGCAGUGACUUUGUGCCGGCGCCCGAGGGCGAGCAGCCCGUAGAAGAGUCGGAAGAAGACGAGCUCGGCGACAACGAUGGAGAGGACGACGAGAAGACGGGCGCCAUUGAACCUUCAGAUGAAGAAGGAUCGAUUGUGAUUGCUCAGACGGAUCCCAAGGGCCAGAGAAAAACCUCGAAAAGGAGGGUAUCGCUUGCACCAGGCAUCUCUGUCCGCCAACAAUCUACAGCGUCCUCGCUGCCGAGCGCACACCAUCGACACCGGCCAAUUUCGCUCCACAAGAGGCCUAAAAGCUCCAGGGCAGAACGUCUAGCGUGUCGUCCGUCGCCUUUCAAGUCGCCACCUCUUAUUCCGACACAAGCCUUCUCAGAGCCCUUGAUAGAUACUCGAGUGCCCAAGUCGUGGAGCUACAAUGUCGGCCCUGGUCCGUUCUGGGAGCUGAUGGAAGACCGAGGUUUCUACAACGAGGCGCCAUACAACGAAGAUGAACGCGAGGGCAUCCGGAGGCCCACCGUACAUCAGACCAUUCAAAUGAAACCGGGGGCUUUUGAAGAGUUGACCGGCGAGCAGGCUGCAGCUUUUUUGCCUAAGGGACAAAUCAAGUGCUCUUUUGGGCGAUAUUCUGAACAGGAGCAGUUGGCAAUCAAGCCGCUCGACACUCUACGCAUGGAUAAAUACUUCCCUGAAAAUAUUUCUCACGUCUUCAGUGCUGGAGGUCCCGUCUGGGCGUUGGACUGGUGCCCGAUCUCACCCGACGGGCGUGAAGCGAUACAGCGGCGACAGUACUUAGCUAUUGGGCCAUUACCUUCGCACGAUUACGCCCCUCUCAUAGGGGUCAAGCGAUCAACCUCGGCAUGCAUUCAGAUAUGGUCCCUCAAUCCAACACCACCACCGAAGGAUGACCUAGGGUUUAUGCGCUGCGAUAUAGUGCUAUGUACAGGCGCGGGUCCUGCAUAUGAGCUGAAGUGGUGCCCAUUGCCCUCUCAUGAUUCUCUCCAGCCCCUAGACUCUCCGCUACGGACCCCCCGAAAGAUGGGCUUGUUGGCAGGGACAUUUGAAGAUGGGUCGAUGUGCAUAUAUGCGAUCCCAUAUCCUCCAGAUAUCUCAAGGGGCACAGUGAAGGAUUCUGGACCUGUAUGCGUAAAACUAUCUGAACCACUUCUGCGCAUACACUUCGAGGAAACGUUGUGUUGGUGCUUAGAUUGGGCGAACAGUGAAGUUUUAGCAGUUGGGUGUACCAAUGGUACUAUUGCCGUUUAUAACGUCGUUGAUUCCCUGAAUAGCGAUGCCCCUCUGCCCUCCCACUUUUUCAGUGCCCACCAGUCCGCUAUCCGCUCGCUGACAUGGAUACGAGCACCCACAUACUCUGCCAACGCAGAGGUAACAUCGGAUAGCCCCACGAUGAUUAUCAGCGUUGGAUAUGACGGCGUGAUGCACGCUAUCGACUUGCGCGAACCAUGUGGGAGCGACAUCUCUCGCACAAGAGAUGCAAUUAAUGCAAUAUGCUUCUCGACCUACUGCGGCGGACCCAUAUGUGUCGACCAGGGAUUCCUAAAGGCCAUAUCGAUCUCGCCAAUCUUUCUCAACAAGGGACACACAAUUCUUGAUCCCGAAGGGCCUGUAUGGGAUGUCUCUGCGUCAGACUACCACCCUCAAGUUGCAGCUGCCGUAGCAGACGGGAGUGUCGUGACGGCGAAUACGAUGCGCUUCACGCGGCGCGGGGGCACUGUACCCUUCCUGGCGCACAAGAUCUACCAGAUGGACUACAGCCGGAAGACAGGCGAGUACAGGAUGCUCGAACAUUUUAAGCCGAAGGAAGUCCCAAGGGUUGGCGGCGCGAGCAGAGAACCAACAAAGGCCAGCGGUGCGUGGUCACCGGAGGUCGGUGUGACUCGCGUUGCCUGGAAUCAAGGGAAUGGGCUUGCAAGCGCUUCCUGGCUAGCCUCCGCAACUGCCAGCGGGCUCUGUCGGGUCGACUGGCUGACUGGCAGGUGGCUGCACGACAAGAUUCCGUACCAUAGCAUCGAGGGUAUACGCGGCGAAGUUGAGGUGGAAGAGGAGGAGGAUUAUGAGUGA